UGCAGUGAACUUUUGACGAUCUGCUAGCCAAGAAAGGCUGGUUGAAACUUGAAAGUUCCUCAGCCGGGAGGCCGGGGUUAAUAAACGACCCCGCAGGACAUCAAUGUCACCCAACCCAAGAAGCUUUCCGUGUUGGAUCAAAAGAGAGGCGCCACCGAACCACAACCGUCCGAGGAAAAUAAAAGCUAUAAGUUCUGAAGCAACCCCAUCCUCAUUGAAGACAUCAGGACCUCCGAACUUCCAGUACUACAAAAACCAGCUUUUCCGAAUUUCCCCAGUCCCUUCCCCUAAGCACACACCAUCUCAGAACCGAUCUGUCACGAUAGGUAUCAUGCCACCGCCAGCGAGUAGUAAAACCGCCCCGACCACCACCACCGCCGGACCAGCGGGGGGAGCAGGCUGGUCGCACACGCCCACGACAGGCGUGCUCCUCUGGCUCGCCGUCUCCCUGCCGCUCGUCGCGUGGGACACGGGCUACAUGCUGCUGCGGCCGCACACGAUGCCCGGUGGGUCGCUGCACUGGCCGCUGUGGGCGCCGUACAAGCUGUACGGCGAGGUCGACCACAUGUACGGCUUCAAGCAGUGGCGCCUGCGCAACGGGUUCGCGGCCGGGCAGAGCGUCAUGAACGCCGUCGAGUCGCUGCUGUAUCUGGCCUAUCUGUGGGUGUGGUAUCGCCACGGCAGGGAGGGGUGGGUGGUGUCUGGUGGCCGGAGCAGUAGAAAGGCGGUUAGCGGGAAGGCUGGGGGUGUGGCGGUUGUGCUUGGGUUUAGCGCUGCGGUUAUGACUGUCAGCAAGACGGUGCUGUAUUGGCUUAAUGAGUAUUUCUCGGACUUCGACAAUAUCGGCCACAACAAGCUUUGGGACCUAGUCUUCCUUUGGAUCAUUCCGAAUGGUGCAUGGCUUGUUUUCCCUUCGAUCCUUAUGAUCUAUGACAUGGGAGUUGAGAUCGUCGAGGGUCUGAGUCGAGCCUCGCCGCAGACAGUAAAGAUGGAUUAGAGUAGACCAAAGCUAUCAGACAGAAGGGUGAGGUCUGUACAAAGUAAUGAUUGGGACGUGGAAAGAGUGGAAAGAGUGGGAGGAAGUAUUGUAGUGAUUCUCAGCAUUCAGACACGACUUCGUUGACUGAUUUGUAAAUGGUGAUACGCGUCAGACGGUCGGAGUGCUUCAGCGCCAUGCUGUAGGGUUAAACGCAUAAGUACCAUUACAUCAACUAUAAGCCGACGUUUAUUAGGCGUUUAUUCUAUGGUUAGCUUUACGUGUUAUACCAAGAGAUGUCC